AUGGCUAGAUGUCAACUACAGCCCGAGGCUGAGGAGCAGAGCCCCCAGCCUGGCACCUCAGGGUACUCCCUCCCGGAGAUGGUGGAUGAUGAAGUGCCAGGACCAUCAGCCCCUUGGGUAGAUCUCAGCCCCCCCACAUAGGUCCUUUUGUUGGAAAGGAGGACGGAGUGGUCGGACAAAUCUGAGGAGGAGCCGGAGGAGGAGCCAGAGAAGUCACUCACCCCUGAGCCUGAGGAGACCUGGGUGGUGGAGACGCUCCACGGGCUCAAGAUGAAGCUGAAGCGACGGCGAGUGUCGCCCGUGCUCCCUGAACACCACGAGGCCUUCAACAGGCUGCUCGGUAGGACACCCCAGAGAGCACCUCCAAUCCCAUUCUUUUAAACUUCCCAUAACCAUACUUUUCCCAUGGGAGAAAUAUGUCCCCCCCCACCGACCCAACCCCAGUGGUGAGCUCUCCAUUCGGGAGGACUCAGAAGAGAUCACUCAUAAGGGACGUUUAGGAGGCAAUCAAGGAUUUGGCUAGACUUG